ACAAAUAUGGCGACCUCCAGUAGCGAUGGGAAAAUAGAAGAUUUUUUAAAACCCGAGUAUGAACAGUGUAUGGUAUGUACUGGUUUCCUUGGCAGUAAUUUUGGACAACCUGUGUGUAGCAGUUGUCAUUUAUUUCUCUUCUGUAAUGACAUUAACCUAGAGGAGGGAGAGCAGGAAGUUUACAAUGAGAAGGAUGAUUCUGAUGCAGAUUCAGGAAAUGAGGAACCAGUUGAAUCUUUUGAUUUCUACACUAAAGAAGAGGAGUAUAGGGCAAGGAAAAUCAAAUCACUCAAUCAUAAAACAGAUAAAUUAGCAGAGAGAAUAACAUCACUUACUACACCUAGGGAACCAGGCAGUGUUCCAGAAGGACUGGUUGAUUCCAUGCCACCAGAAGUACUUUUAGUUGUAUUCAAAUACCUAGAUGACAUAUCUUUAUGGACAGCCGGACAAGUGUGUUCUCGAUGGCGGCAAAUCUUAGAAGGAGAGACAACUGAAUUACAAUGGAGAGAAUUCUGUAAAUUACGAUGGCCAUUAUUUUAUCCACAAUAUAGAGUGAAAGACUGGAAAACAAUUUAUACUAAACUAUUAGAAAGUUCACCAUGUAGAUAUUGUUUAGAAAGCAUGAUGUUACAGAGUACACCACCAAUAGAGGAGAAUUCUUGGAGACACAGAAGAUUAAGAAGUGAACUAAAAACAUUAAAAUCUGACCCACCUGAAGGUAUAAAAGCCACACCAUUGGAUAGACAUUGCUGUCACUGGCAAGCCUCAAUAACUGGUCCACAGGGUAGUCCAUAUGAAGGAGGACUUUUUCUUUUGUAUUUGCAGAUACCACAGAGUUACCCAAUGAGGCCACCAAAAGUGAGAUUCAUUACACGUAUAUUUCAUCCUAACAUUAGUCGUCAUGGAGAUGUAGGUCUGGACUCUAUCCAUCAUAAUUGGAGUUUAGCAUUAACAAUAUCCAAAGUGUUGAUAAGUAUACAAUCAUUGCUAACGGACCCAUAUUGUUAUGUGUGUAUGGAACCUACUAUUGGUAAAUUGUUUAUGAAAGAUAGAAAAGAAUUUAAUAGAAUAGCCAGAUUAUGGACAUGGAAAUUCGCUAUGCAUGACUUUUUAAUGCCAAUGAAUAUUGAUCUGAAUGGGGUAUAGUAAUGGGAAGUAGAUGUGCUCCAAAAAAGAGGAUUUCUUUUCUGUGAUAUUUUUUUACAUUAUAGCAUAAUACAGUUCAUUACAACUAAAAAUUGUGUGAAAAAUGUUCAUUACUAUGUUACCUUGCUUACAUGUUAUAUUAAAUGCUUACACAUAAAAAUAGUGCAUGAACAAGUUAUUUAGACAUCUUUAGUUAUAUUUGUCAUGAUAAAUUGACUAUUGAAUACUGCUAAUAAUGAAUAUCAAGAAAAGUUUUCAAUGAGGCAAAAAAUGUCACAAAUUAUAGUUGAUUUAUCAUGACCUCAUCUUAAUUAUUACUUAUUCAUAUCACAUUAACAUAUUCUGCAUGUUCUGGUCCAGAAAUGCAUUUAAUUUGUCACUUAAGCAGUACCGUUAUCACGACCUCACUUUAGUACUUUUUAAUUGGCUUGUUUUAUGCUUGUAAAAGUAUAAAGCAGUGAUGCCAUUUUGUUAUAAUUAAAAGAGAAGUUAAACUAUGUGUGGGUAUAUACUUAGUAUUAGUAGCAUCCAUGUUAAAAUGUGUGUAUUGAGAAUCCCUAUAUACAUCAACAUCAUGCAUGUUUUGGCUUUUAUAAUAAAUACUGUAUUGUGUGAUAGAUUUUGUAUGCAAUGUAUGUGAAGAACAAUAGACCGCUUUCGAGUUCAUCCGUCACCGGCAAAAACUCGUCAAUUAUGCACGCCUUUAUGACGUCAUUUACCAGAUAGAGGGGCUUGCCUGUAUCCCUGCACUAUUUACGUUCAUCAAGCGUCUUGGUGAUUGUCUUUGUGCAGGAUAAACUAGAAAUAAUGGUUGCUCUGUAGGUACUUACUGACAAUUCCCUAAUGACAGCAGUGUUGAUUGUCAAUUUUGAGAAUUCAAUUUGCCGAAUAAUUCGUUCAAUAUAGAAUUAUAGUUUUCCAACCACUCGCUUAACAUUGGAAGGAAGUGACGACGCCCCUAAACCCACAAAUGACGGUGAUAAAGGCGCGUAUAAUUGACGAGUUUUUUUCGGUGACGGAUGAACUCGAAAGUGGUCUAUUGAAACAAGUAAGAUAUGGCUUUAACUUUAUUUAGGUAAUGUAAUCAUUGUAUAUUGCUAUAAAUUAAACGUUAUGAAAUAUGUGCAAUAGUUUUACACUGUAUAUUUUAUUCCCUAAGUUACCAUGAAUAUUUGAAUAAAGAAUAAAACAUUC